CAAGCGAGAUGUGCUGUGAUACGGUCUUGUGCCGAGCCGAUAUUGAGGAUGCAUAUAGUCUCUGUUCGCCGCAAGACAUGACAAAUUGUUCCACGCUCGGUGACGAGACAUUGCACCUUCCAUCAUGAUUCCGGCCAUCAACAUGAUUGCCGCAAUGGCAUCGCUCGCAUCUGCGGCAUCUCUGCAGCUGGCGGGUAAUGGGUACAUCAACUACACUACAGUGACAGGAUACUUUCUACAAGACGAACCCAGCACGAAUGCCUCGACCUUCAAUUACACUCUGAACAACUUUGGCCUGAUAAAUCGCACCUAUGAUUCGACUGAGGGUCUUACUGCGAAUUUCACGCAGUGGCAGAAGUUCGAGCGAGAGGUCGACGCCUUGAAUGCCGCAGCGGACGCGAACACAGUGUACAAGGUGAUUUUCAUGGGCCGCCAUGGCGAGGGUUUCCAUAAUUUGGCAGAGGGCACGUUUGGUACGCCAGCGUGGAACUGCUACUGGGCACAACUCACAGGUAAUGGCAGUCUGUACUGGGAGGAUGCUCAGCUUACCGAAGCUGGUAUCUUGCAGGCUCAGAUCGCGAACAACUACUGGAAGGACAGAAUUGCAGUCGAGAAGAUUCCACUUCCUCGAAGCUACUACACGUCACCAAUGAAGAGAUGUCUAGCGACUGCGAACACAACCUUCGGAUCCGGCCUGGACCUCCCUGUAUACUAUCCCUUCGAGCCUGUUGUGAAGGAGCUGCUUCGCGAAGGCAUUUCUAUACAUACUUGCGACCACAGAGGCAACGCGACUUAUAUCACUGAGACAUAUCCGAACUUCGAGCUAGAGGAAGGCUUCAACGAGUACGACGAGCUCUGGAACGGCGUCACCGCGGAAUCAGACAGCGCUCACGAGAAGCGUAUGCUCACGCUGCUGGAUGAUGUCUUCACCAAUGAUGAUCACACCUGGAUCUCUUUCACAUCCCACAGUGGCACUAUUACGACGAUCCUCGAUGUCAUUGGUCAUCAGCGCUUCCGACUUGCGACCGGUGGUGUGAUUCCCGUGCUUGUGAAGGCUCAAUUCUUACCAGCAUCGGAAGCACCCAGCACUACUGUUGGCGGGUUUACCACAAGUACAUGGUGCCAUUAUGGCCCACCUGCGACAAGCAUCGCAUCUCUCGAACAAGGCUGCGUGUGCCAAAACACGACUGCAGCAUUGCCGUCGCUGAACACGCAGGCUCCAUUCUUACCAAAUCAGACGGCGCCUAUCAACGAGUAUACCACUACGACCACUGUUGGAGCCUCCUAUGGCAAGACAUCUACUGCGAAACCGGCAGGAUACUAAACAAAACAGGCGUUUAUAAGAUGACUACUGCUUGGAGGACCAACUCGAAGAGAGCCUAACUCAAGAUAUCUGAGCGAUUCUCUGCUUUGCGACGACCCAAUUCUUCAAGCCGAGCCAUGUUACGCGUUGCAUUGAGCGUGGUCAUGUAAUGCUGAACGCGCGCCUAUCUGUUAGGCUUCAAGCUGGCCUUGUCUGUGCAUGGGGAAGAAUCAAGAACAAAGCAUGAAGUAGAGCAUCAGCAAGCAAGCGAAAUCACUC